GGACGCGGCGAUCCUCCCCAUUGGAGAACCAUCACAGCCGGGCGCAGCGUCCUUCCUCACUCCUGUAGUGACCUUUCUGUGGUUGACAGAGAGUUGGAGAAAACUGGAAGAGCUCCGAGCUGCUGCAGCAGAUUCCUAAAGGUGCGCGACGAAAACGUACAUGGAAGCCAGCGGUGCCAGACAUCGGGAAGCGCUGUGCAGACAGCGAGCAGACACGUAGCAAAGAGCACUCCGGGUAGCACUUCCCACGCACGGUCGUGCUCAGCUCUGAGCAAAGUGGCACAACUAGAAAGCAAAAUCAUGAAUCGAAAAAAGCAGAUGGAAUUGCAAAACACUGACUUGGGCCAGAAGGCUUUGGAUGAAGGAUCCUUCUCAUCUGCUUCCAGUCACAAACACAGUGCAAGGGGCAAGAAGUACCUGAAGAAGUAUGCUACUGCCUGCUCUAAGGAAGAGAAAAGUGUCCAAAGCCCUAAAAUGAAUGUUAUGGUUAAACAGCAGCUCGGUUUGGAUAGUGAUGAAGAAGAAAGGAGAGAAUUGAUGGACAGCUUUUUGGAAUUUUCCAGCGGACAUAAGAAUCAGAGGAUUGUUAGUAAGACUCGAGUUUCAUCAGGAAUACCUCCUUCACCUCAUAAGGAAAUUUCACUGACAGAGGUAUCUAAAACCUCUUCUUUUCCUAGCAAAGACUCAGAGAAAAACAUUUUUGGUAGAGUUAAUUCACCAACACCUUCACCAGCCAGCAGAAACCUGUCAGUACACCGUAAUAGGAGCUCUCAAUUGCUGUCUUUUCCCCUGAAAGACAAUACUGUAAAGAUUACUCUGCCUCAAACAGGCAACAUCAAGCAAAGCCAAGUAUCACUUGAAAGCAACAGCAGCGAAAUCAAAUCACUAGAUGAAUUAUUUUCAAAAGCAGCUGACGCAGAAGAUUCAACACACAGCAGCUCAGAUGACUUCAGACUGAAUAUCUUGAGCCUUGAUGAUUUGGCACCAAAUAUCAGCAGUGAGACAGCAGAAUUAAAGCAGAAAGGGACAGACAUUCAAAUUACUCAAGAAUCAAACAGAAAUCCAAAAAAAGAUAAGUCCCUGGUGGAAAAGGACCAAGCUUCUCUUAAAAUAAGUGCAGUGACUGGUGUGAAUGAUGUUUCUGAAGGGGAUAUUGAAAAAACUGUGAGUGAAGCUGAAAUCUCUGAGCAUUUAAAUGGAGUUUCUGCAGAUUUUCCUAGACACAAACAGGAUUAUCUUGAUGAUGCUGAGAGAACUGUUAAUUCAGAAUAUUCUGAAGACUUUGAAAGCUCUCUGUCUACAACAGACAGGGAAUCUGUAUCAAAAAUGUCAGAGGAACAUUCUGAGAGCUGCACAUAUUCUGGAAAACGCCCAUCUUCAGCAUUGUCACCUGUACAUGCCAGAGAGAGGCGUGACCAGGUCCACAGAGUAACUGUCAAAGAAACGGCAGCUCAGACAGUGGAUCCUCCAUUCACCUACUGCUGGUCAAAGACAAACACCACUGCAGUACUCGACCCACCUGUAGGAAACAGUUACAUUGAUCCAGUUCCUGUUGCCAGUCACAUCGUCAGCACGGAUGCAGUAGAAGCCUUGACAGCGUACAGCCCAUCAGCUCUUGUUUUAAAUGCCAUGUUUAAACAGCACUUGCUGUUGACUCAGCAGUUUGUAGAAAACAUUCACUACCUUCACCUGUCCCUUGUGGAGUCACUGGAAAAUGAGAUGUUCCACUACCAUACCCUGGAAGAGGCUAAAGAGUACAUCAAGAAUCACAAAUCCCCACCUCUAACCCUUGAGCAAGCACGUGAAGAAAUUCGGAAAGCACAGGAGGAAAAAAUGCUUUGA